AUGAAUAGCCGCGGGAAGCCAGUAGCGUCAUGGGCUAGUCGACGACUGGCGAUGGCAGCGCAGACGCUGGGACGCAACCAAUGUCGCUGGGUCAGGCCAGGCCUCCAGAUACGGCUUGUCGCGUCCCUUCUCCAGGGCAAGUAG